CUCAUUUCAACGUCAUGGCGUUAAACAGAAAGGGAAAUGUUCGCUUGCCUCCAGAGGUCAAUAGGAUCCUUUAUGUGAGAAAUUUACCAUACAAGAUAACCGCAGAAGAAAUGUAUGAUAUUUUUGGUAAAUAUGGAGCCAUUCGUCAGAUCAGGGUAGGGAAUACCCCUGAAUCAAAAGGAACAGCAUUUGUUGUCUAUGAAGAUAUUUUUGAUGCCAAGAAUGCUUGUGAUCAUCUCUCUGGGUUCAACGUGUGUAAUCGAUACCUAGUUGUGCUGUAUUACCAAUCUAAUAAGGCAUUCAAGAAAUUAGAUGAUACAAAGAAGAAAGAAGACAAUGACAGAAUGAAACAGAAAUAUGGACUAAGUACCCCUGAUAUUAAUAAAAAGUGAAUUACGAUCCACAACAUUUUUGUCACAUUUCACUGGAGUCCUGCUAUUUUCAUAUACAUUGUUUUAUUGUUUGAGCAGAAAAGACAACAUGUAUUGAUCUGUUUCUGGACAUAAUUAUGAAUUAGUUUAGAAAACUUUGAUACGAUUCCACAGCAAAUUGUGGCAUUAUGGGAAAAUAAUUGUUUAUAAUAUAACAUGAUAAAACAUGUUAAACCUUGGAAAGAAAUUCUUUUAGUGAUUGCAGUAACUCAAAUUCAUUUUAUUAACUAUUCACAACUGUUAAGUCUCAGAUUAGCUCAAUGAUAAGCCAAAUGAGGUUCAUAUUUUAAAAAAACUUAUCUGGCUAUUGUGUAUGCCUGGGCUGUCAGUUAGUGAAUAGAUUGUUGACCAGGACUUGUCAGACAAAUUUAAGAUUGCUGUGGUGAAAGAAUGUUGUGAUGCCGAGUAGGAGUGGAAGGAGAGUGUAUGCUAUAUUGUGUAUGGUAGAAAAUGAAUACAUAUUUUAUAUUUGUUCUGUCUAAUAUCAGUCUGGUUGUUAUUUCCCUUUGUUCAAUCAUAGCAAGUACAGUGAUUAAGAAAAUUCCGAUUUCAUUGAUACUGUAGUCAAUUAUCCUCCUCCUCUAUCUCUAAACAUUUUUUUUUCAUUCAUAUCAGGUACACUAAUUUUAAUUGCACUAGUCAAUUAAUCUAAAUUUUUCCAGAAACUAUUGAGUACAGUGUAUAACCAAAAAGAAGUUUAGAAUUUUCAUAAUACAUUUUGGGGUUAGUUGGAUUGGGAGCAGUUGUAAUUGACUACAGUAUUUCUUGUGUAGAUUGAUCCAUUUCAAGUGAUCAAUCUCAAAAACUUUUAAUAAUUUUCAAAUUUGAUCUUUGAAUGCAUUUUAAAAGAAAAAAAAAGAAAAAUCAUGAAUACUGAAAAUAGGACAUAUAUUUUAAAGCUGGAUAAAUAGAUACUGAAAAACUACAGAUUAAAUGAUUACCACUCUGCUUUACAUGAUGUACAGGAAAUUGUGGUAUAAAAUCCAAAUAUUAGAGUCUGUGUCCAUUUACUUGUAAUAAAUGCACACUUAUAUUGUGCUUAUGAUACUUAUUAUAAGGUAUGGAAUUUGUGCUUUGUUCCUUAUUGUUCAAUGACAAACCUUAAUUGGAAAUGUUUUCGUCAGAAUCACAGCUGACACAUUUCGUAAUAUUUCAUCAUCUGAUUUCUUUUUUGGAAGAAGCACAACCAGCUCAGUGUGUAUAUUUUCUCAGGAGUUUUCUUUGUGCACAAACUGGUACAAAAAAUACAUUUAAUAUCACUUUGUAAAAUACUUUUAUAGCAACAUUAAACUUUUGAAGAUUA